UUUUGAAUACUAUCUACUGUCCUUUGCUGGUCCUGCAGAGCUGGACACGGUCUCCAGCUGCCCCCUGGUGGUAGCUAAAGCCCAGUGGUUCCUGAGGGCUUGUGAAGGCCUUGCCCUACCUGGGAGGGUCUGCCCUAGCUUAUUCACUCACCACUCACUCUCGUGGCCAAGCUUUGUGCAGCCCGCCUGGGAGUGGCCCUCAGCCUGUUUCCCUUGGAGGUGAUGUAGCUCCCUGCCCUAAACAAGCACUUCUGUCUGGCACAGUGGGUGCUUAACUGAUUGCUGAGGGCUACUACUACACCUUGGAGGAUGCAUGCUAUUACUGGCCUGCUUUUAGGUCUCCGGGUUCAGACUGGUGGGCUUCCCAAGUAUAGCUUCCCAUUGGGGCUUAGUCAGCUAGUUCCUGGGAGACGAAGCUUCAAAUCUAGCUGUUCUGCCAGAUUGUGGAUUCUGUGACUGGGACAGUCUCUAACACUUACUCUCAUGGUUAAAUGGAGACCAUGAACUUGGGCCGUCCCCAAAGGCUCAUGGAGAGUGGCAGUGCAGUGAGUAUGUGGCAGUCGACUCUUCAGGAUACCUGUGAGCUAGGCCGUUCAGAGCGUUGUCUCUCCUCCCCUGACCCUGACAGUUUUAGUGGAUAUAGCUGAAGGAGAGCCCUGAGGUUAAAGUGUCACUACACAACCUGUGUCCUUCCCCAGGUUCCUGCCUGAAGACCAGCUGGGUACUGUUUUUAACAUCCCCAUCACCAUGCACUCCUUGGACGAGCCGCUUGACCUAAAGCUGAGCAUCACCAAGCUCCGGGCUGCGAGAGAGAAGCGAGAGAGGACCCUGGGUGUGGUCCGGCAUCAUGCUUUGCAUAGGGAGCUGGGCCUGGUGGACGACAGCCCCACACCUGGCUCCCCAGGCUCCCCCCCUCCAGGUUUCCUGUUGAACCCCAAGUUCCCUGAGAAGGUGGACGGACGCUUUUCCACAGCCCCCCUGGUGGACCUCAGCUUGUCACCACCAUCUGGACUGGACUCCCCCAAUGGCAGCAGUUCCCUGUCCCCUGAGCGCCAGGGCAAUGGGGACCUCCCUCCACUGCCUACUGCUGUGGAUUUCCAGCCACUUCGAUAUCUGGAUGGUGUCCCCAGCUCCUUUCAGUUCUUCUUGCCCCUGGGCUCUGGGGGGGCUCUGCACCUACCUGCCUCCUCAUUCCUCACACCCCCCAAGGACAAGUGCCUCUCACCAGAGCUGCCCCUAGCCAAGCAGCUGGUGUGUCGAUGGGCCAAGUGUAACCAGCUCUUUGAGCUCCUCCAAGACCUGGUCGACCAUGUCAAUGACCAUCACGUCAAGCCGGAACAGGAUGCUCGGUACUGCUGUCAUUGGGAGGGCUGUGCCCGCCACGGCCGUGGCUUCAAUGCCAGCAGGUACAAGAUGCUCAUCCACAUCCGGACUCAUACCAAUGAGAAGCCACACCGAUGCCCCACCUGUAACAAGAGUUUCUCCCGCUUGGAAAACCUGAAGAUCCACAACCGCUCUCACACAGGUGAGAAGCCCUACGUCUGCCCCUACGAGGGCUGCAACAAGCGUUACUCCAACUCGAGUGACCGCUUCAAGCACACCCGUACCCACUACGUAGACAAGCCCUACUACUGCAAGAUGCCCGGCUGUCACAAGCGCUACACGGACCCCAGUUCACUGCGCAAGCACAUCAAAGCCCACGGCCACUUUGUGUCCCAAGAGCAGCAGGAGCUCCUGCAGCUGCGCCCACCCCCCAAGCCACCACUGCCCACCCCUGACAGUGGCUCCUAUGUCAGUGGAGCUCAGAUCAUCAUCCCCAACCCCGCUGCCCUUUUUGGAGGCCCCAGUCUGCCUGGCCUGCCUUUACCCUUGGCCCCUGGCCCCCUUGACCUCAGUGCUCUGGCUUGUGGCAAUGGCGGAGGUGGGGGUGGGGGCAUGGGUCCUGGGCUGCCAGGCUCUGUUCUGCCCCUCAAUCUGGCCAAGAACCCACUGUUGCCCUCACCCUUUGGGGCUGGUGGACUAGGCCUGCCUGUGGUCUCUCUCCUGGGUGGCUCUGCUGGUAGCAAGGCUGAGGGGGAGAAAGGUCGUGGGUCAGUGCCUGCCAGGGUCCUGGGCCUGGAGGACCAAAAGACUCCCCUGGAAAGGACGGAGCGCAGCCGCUCUCGGCCAAGCCCUGAUGGCCUCCCUUUGCUACCGGGCACUGUACUGGACCUGUCCACGGGCAACUCGGCAGCCAGCAGUCCAGAAGCACUAACUCCUGGCUGGGUGGUCAUCCCACCAGGGUCUGUGCUGCUCAAACCAGCUGUGGUAAACUGAAACUGGGCUACCCACCUACCAGCUGUGAUAGCCCAGCCACCUACUGUGGGCUCAUCCCUGACGAACAGAAACUCUUCUGCGAAAUAGCAAUAAUAUUCUACUGCCCCAGGCCCAGUGUCUGCUCCCUGGGAAGCAGCAGGCCCAGACAAGCUGAGGUGGCAAGGAUGGUGCUAGAAGGGCUUUGCAGGCUUCCUGGCUCCAGAGUGAGGGCUUGGCUUGGACCUGCUGUUCAAGAAGGGCUAGGCUCUUGGGUGCUAAGGCCUCACUCACUUCCACUUCUCUAGUCCAUAGUCUGGGUGAGGCCUUCCUCUGCCUGUCCUCCUCUUGCUCUGGUGCAGUCCACUCCAUGACCAGCUUGAUUGGGCAGGUUGCCAUUCUUCCCUGCCUUACCUACAUGUCAACUGGGGAGCCCCAACCAAUGAUCAUAGGCCCAUGCUUGGGAACUCCUUAGACCCCUUUCCCUCUGGCCCACUCUACGGAGGGAGAGCAAGACAGACACAGGUCCUGGCUAAGCCACAGGAAAAAGUUAUCUUUUCCCUUUCUACUGCUAUGACAAGGUGCUUCCCUGCUUGCUUAGCAGAGAAGCCUGCUCUGUCAGUGUCCUCUCUCCUUCCUGCCAGAAUCAGCACUGCCAGAAGAUUGGCAACACUUUCCAAAGAGGAGGGGCCGCUGACCACUUACCUUUCCUUGGGAAUUUGCAAGCAGGUUUAAAGGAUCAUUGUACUGGUCUGGUCCAGCUUGGUUUGGCCUGGGCAGUGCUAUCCUGCAGAAGCCUGCAAGGCAUCCGUCUACACUAGAGAACUACCAGGCUUGGGAAACAGCUGCAGGUUUGGGGGCUGCGAAGUCAUGGAACGCAGGGAAGGACUGACUCAUUGGAAAGGAGCUUUCUAGAAACCCCAAACUAAAUAAAGCCCCUGGGUGUGAGGGAACCUAGGCAGCCAAACAUGGCAUUUAGAGAACCGACUCUCUUGCUCGGGAAAAUCUGGCUAGAGAGAGGACCAGUCAUGUGACAGGUUGUUUCCUCUGACUUUCCAAUUGAGCCCUUUUCUUGGUGGUGCCUCUCUUUUGCCCAUGAGAUCUACCCAAGCCAGCUACCCCAGAGCUUGUGCUAUUCAGAAUAAGGUAGCACUUACGCGGAGCUAGAAUAAGCCAGGGGCAUUGGAAGACUAUGUGCUCCACAGCUCCAAAAGACUAGAUGCCCCAACUUGGGCCUCUUGCUGUCCCCUGUACUAUGCUGCAGAGUGGCUGAGCCCCUCACCUCCCCAUCUGUAGAACAAAAAAGCUGCUGGGAUGGUAGUAGGAUCCUUAGUAGCUCUGUGGUUCCCCUGAGCAGCUCUGCCUAAUCUCCUUUUUCCCAGACUGCCCUUCUGUUUCAGAAGGGUCACCCUGACCUGCCCAACUGCUAGUCUCCGGGACCCCAGCCCUGACAGGGCUUGGCUGUGCUGGCUCUACCCCUUGAAGGGGCUGUGAGCACAUUAAGGAGCUGGUCUCCUAUCUUUGGGUCUUCCCAGGAUCCAAGCAACCUCCUGGCUAUUAGGGCCCUAGGCCUUAAGUCCCUGGCUGGGGAAUUGGGUUUGAGACUCAAGCCCAAGAGUAGAGGAACAGGGCACUGGAAGGUGACAUUAGCUCAGCAUGUGAUGCAGUGAUGGACCAGGCUUCGAAGGGCCGGUACACUUAUUGUCAGUUUGUUGUUGCACAUUCCAGGAUAUCAGUAUUUUAACAGGUUCUAAGUGCCUUUCUAUUGUAGCUUAUGUUUUUCCUCCUUUUGGCUCCAUUGCUGUUAGCAUAGAGUUUAAAAAAAAAAAACAAAAAACAAAAAGAGAUAAGCUAAUGACUAUAACAAUAUGUUCCUCCAUGUGAGAGGAGGUUUAUAAAGAAACAAUAAAAGUGAGUUGCAAAGAUGGUUUCUGCAUAGU